AUGAAUGAAUUAUCCAUUCCAGACCAAAAUCACCUGCUUCGAGAUGGAGUGCGCAGAUACCUGCAACUUCCAGCUGACCAGACUGUGCUGAUAUUGCAUGCAAAAGUUGCACAGAAAUCAUAUGGCAAUGAAAAAAGGUUUUUCUGCCCCCCACCUUGCGUUUACCUGACUGGACCAGGAUGGAAACUAAAACAGGAACAAGUGAAAGCGAGUAAUCUUGGAGAGGCUGGUUUCAGGGUGUGUGGAUACAUGGGACUCGACAGUGUGGGCAGCAGCCAUUUGGAGACCCAGAAACUGAACUUUGAGGAACAGCCUGACUCCAAGGAGUUCAGCUGUGCCAAGGCACUCUACAUCUCAGAUGCUGACAAGCGGAAACACUUCCGGCUGGUUCUGAAGCUUUUCUUCAGCAAUGGGCAAGAGAUCGGCACUUUCCACAGCAAGCUGAUCAAAGUGAUCUCCAAGCCCUCUCAAAAGAAGCAGUCUCUGAAGAACACAGAUUUGUGCAUCUCAUCUGGGUCUAAGGUUUCCCUCUUUAACCGCCUGCGCUCCCAGACAGUCAGCACCCGCUACCUGUCUGUAGAAGGCGGCGCUUUCAUCGCCAGUGCAAGGCAGUGGGCAGCAUUUACACUCCACCUGGCCGAUGAGCACUGCAUCCAGGGUGAGUUCCCUCUGCGGGAAGGGUACGUUCGCUACGGCUCAGUAGUUCAGCUCAUCUGCACAGCUACCGGCGUCAUGCUGCCUCCCCUGAUCAUUCGGAAAGUCACCAAGCAGUAUGCCCUGCUGGAUGUGGAUGAGCCCAUCUCCCAGCUCCACAAGUGCGCGUUCCAGUUCCAGGGCAGUGAUGGGAUGUACUUGUGCCUCUCGACGGAGAAAGUGAUCCAGUUCCAGGCAUCUCCAUGCCCAAAGGAAGCAAACCGUGAGCUGCUGAAUGAUGGCUCCUGCUGGACAAUCAUUGGAACAGAGACUGUGGAAUACACCUUCAGCGACAGCCUGGCCUGUAUUCAGGACCUUGUGAGCCCUGUCCCACUCAUAACCACCCUGCAGCUGACUGGUGGAGGGGACGUGGCCAUGCUGGAGGUGCAGGGCGAGUAUUUCCAUGCAAACCUGAAGGUCUGGUUUGGGGAUGUGGAAGCUGAGACCAUGUACAGGAACUCCAAGUCCUUAGUGUGCGUCGUCCCCGACGUCUCUGCAUUUGGCAGCGACUGGCGAUGGCUGAGAUACCCCAUCACAGUGCCUCUGUUGCUGAUAAGGAAUGAUGGACUUAUCUACUCCAGUACAUUCACCUUUACAUAUACUCCAGAGCAGAGCUUUCUCCCUGGCCAGCAGGUCCUCCCAGAGCUGCCACAGGACUCUGAUGCCUUGCUUGACAGCAUCCAUCAGGAAUUCACCAGGACCAAUUUUCACCUUUUCAUGCAGAGUUAGAAAGCCCAGAAGAGAGAGACAGGGCUUGGGAAAGUUCUGGUACAAUCUGUGAGGAACGGACAUCAGCUCUUAGAGUUGGGUACCAAUGUCCCCCAGUGUGUAUGAAGGCCUGGGGUUAGGCCCACUCUGAGCACUCUGUCCACAUCUAGAAAACCAAGCACAUUUUUUGAUUUGAUAAGAAUAUUUUUCAAAGGAACAGUUGCCUCCUGUAAAAUUCACUAACAAAAUGGCCCACAAUAAAACAUGCUUCCAGGA